UGGAUGAUUGUCUUCCACCCGUUUCUUCUCUAAACAGGGAGAGAGAGCAAAGGAAUUCUAAUUUCUCAAAAAGCUAUCUGCAAACUUCAGAUCUAAAACGACACUGUCUCAGAUCCAGUUUAUCAAUCAUGUCUACUUUCAGUGGCGAUGAAACUGCACCGUUCUUCGGCUUCCUUGGGGCUGCUGCUGCCCUCGUCUUCUCAUGUAUGGGAGCAGCUUAUGGAACCGCUAAGAGUGGAGUUGGUGUGGCAUCGAUGGGAGUGAUGAGGCCCGAGUUGGUGAUGAAGUCGAUUGUUCCAGUUGUUAUGGCUGGUGUGUUGGGUAUUUAUGGGUUGAUUAUUGCUGUUAUUAUUAGUACCGGAAUUAACCCUAAGGCUAAGUCUUAUUACCUUUUCGACGGGUAUGCACAUCUCUCGUCCGGUCUCGCUUGUGGCCUUGCCGGGCUAUCUGCUGGAAUGGCCAUUGGCAUUGUUGGUGAUGCUGGUGUCAGAGCUAAUGCUCAACAGCCUAAACUUUUUGUUGGAAUGAUUCUUAUCCUCAUCUUUGCCGAAGCGUUGGCUCUUUAUGGCCUUAUUGUUGGCAUCAUCUUGUCUUCCCGUGCUGGCCAGUCCAGGGCAGAAUAAGAAGGGAGAUUGCUACCUACUAUUAUUCUUUUAUAGCUUGUCAGUGUCACUUCGGAGGAAAAUUUAUGUUUGCUUGCAGAUUAGUGCGGGUUGGGCAGCCCUUGCAGCGUUCUCAAACUAUCUUCUCACGGAAGUGUCUGCUCUGCCAAGCGUGCGUUUGGGGGGUUUCUUUGUACUGUUUGCGGGAGUAGGAUUGAGUUAUAUUCGCAAAAUAAAAGCUUUUCAAGCUGUCCUUGUUGGGCUCUGUCUAUCGUUGUAUUUUAAAGAACAAAAAAAAAAAAAACUGCUGUAGAAACUUCAAAUCUUGACUGAUGCACCUGUGAUCGUAUUAUUUAUUGAACUUGUAAUUUUACAAUUUCAAAUUUUGGUUGCCUGCA